AUGGAAGUUUUUGUGGUUGGGAUAUGGCGCCGGAAUAUUCUCCUCCUCACCACCCUUGCCGCCGCCGCGGCCACCACCACCUCCCCCUCCUCCUCCUCCUCCUCAUGCCCCUACAAUCACCACUUCAAACACGAUCACGUUCCGGACUCGAGAACAGUGGAAGCUAAUGAGCCGCCCAAGACAGACGACCCCAAACAUGCUCCUCCUCCUCCUCCACCUUCCAUGAAGACCAACAUUGAUUUUGGUAUUCUGCCCUCCAGGACAACACCCCUAGGUCGUAAGUCGACUCACGCAUCCACUGAGUUGGUGCUCAAUAACGAGGCAUGCGUCGGAGCUGCUGCCUGCCCACGACACUACUGUGUGGCCGACGUCGCGCGGAAAUCGCUGCCUCCUCCGACUCACCCUCGCCACCAUUCGCCUCAGCUUCCUUCGCCACCACCUGCCGUUCUCCUCAAAUCCAGCACUGUCGAUGCGAGCGAAUUGCGAGACGCCUCGGCGCCGACCCAUAUCAUCGCCUCCUUCGACUGUCCACCUCCGCAACGAUUCAUUGAGGUCGCCAAACCCCCAGCCUCAAGGUCGCACACCCAGGCUAUCCCCCUCAACGAAAAUCCACUUUGCGUGUCUGCCAGUCACCCACAGAUGGAAAUUUUGACCACUCAACAUCGUAAGCUUGCGGCAUGGAAAACGUGGCUGACACGAGUUGGCUUGUUCCUUGCGGUGGCGCUGGUGGUUAUUUGCUUCAUCUACCAGAUCUGUGCGUGGGGCAGCAGAUGGCACAAACGUCGAUCUGUCUACCUGCUCAAGCGGACACCCAUCACCGCCACCACCAGCACACAGACACACCUCUCCCUAGUGGAUCCGGACAUCGUCAAUGUGACCAUCUGCAACGCCAACCCCUUUCGUGGAUCGGCAAUUUUCGAGUUGCCAAGUGGCAGCUACCUCUACGAUGCACUCACCGGGGUUCGAACCGGAACAAUGCGAGUGCCACAGUUCGCCAAGGAACUCAGCAAACAAAGCAUUGCAACUCUGCUAACCAUCUCGCAUCAUCUCCCCGACAUGCUCAGAAGGUUGGUCCUAUACUACUUAAAUCCCAGCUCUCCUUCAGUAGUCAUGCUUUAUCAUCUUGGAGUUGGUCAAUCAAAAUGUCAACCUACGUUACUAGACUGCUUUUUCACCUGA